UCAACCUGGUCAGUGCAUUGAUCCUUUUCUUUUUCAGAUAGUUUUGUUGUUUGACCCAAUUCAAUCAAUCUACUUAUAUGUCAGUAAAUGGGUCAAAAUUUCGGGUUUUACUAAUAGAUAUCGUGAUGUGUCUAAGGUCUUAAGGACUGUUCAAGCUGAUGGUAUUCGUGGGCUUUCAAAGGUUGAGUGUAAAGCUUAUGUUCCUCCAGCUGGUUCGGGUUUUAUCUCUGGUUUUUCAUCUAUCUCGCGUAGACCUUCAAAGGAUAUGAAUUUCCCAUAUCAGUCUAGUUCAUUUGGGCCAAGCUCUUAUCUAUCCGUACAAGCCAGAUUUGUUGAAGAGUAUACAAUGUCUCAGAUCAUUUUACAGGCAGUUACAAAUGGAGGAGCCACCGGAAUGUUGGUGGUUAAUGGUGCAAGUCAUGUUGCAUAUGGCUCAAGAGGGACUGGGGUUCCAGCAAUAAUUGCUAGAAAGAUGCAAAAGAAAAAUCUAAUAGUUAUAUUGCUUGAUCCCGAAAGACAAUAUAUUCGUCGGGAGGGUGAAGUUCCCGUUGCUGAUUUCUUAUGGUAUUCUGCUGCCAGACCGUGCACAAGAAAUUGCUUUGACCGGGCUGAAAUUGCUCGAGUUAUGAAUGCAGCUGGCAGAAGGCGAGAUGCUUUGCCACAGGAUAUCCAAAAAGCACUGGAUCUUGGUCUAGUAUCUCCGAAAGUAUUGCAAGCAAGAGUUUUGAUUGGUCUAGUGAAUGCUUAUUAAGAUAACAUUAUAACCCCAUUUUGGGUGUAUCGGCGCUUUCUGCAAGCAAUUCCACGCAUAUGGAACGUACGGGAGGGUAGCCUUACUACUUUAUUCAGAAAAGGGGGGGAGAACUUUUCAUGAUAUUUUCUUCCUAUCUUGUUGGUUCAUCCUUGUUUCUAGCAACCCCUUCACUCUCUGAAGUGCACUUUCUAAACUAUUCAUCUGCGCCAUCAAUUAAUGAUGUUCUUAUCAAUAAACAGAUUUGUUGGCUGAUAAAAUCAUCAAAUUAUCUUUCACACUGAUGGCGGAACUGUCUAAUACCUGUUGUUUGGCAAACCUAUUGUGUAUGAACAGACCACUAUAGAGAUCAAAACUAUCAUUCUCUGUGCUUUCUUUCUGCAAAUGGUUAUCUCAUGUUACUUGUUUCACAUUUUCAA